UCCUCCGCUUCCCUCCCCUCCCUCCUCGGCUGUGGGACUGCCUGAAUGCCCGUGCUGCUGCUGUACGUACUGACACAUACGGGCUGGAGCAGACAUGGAGGCCCGAUUAACCAGAGACGCCUGUGCCUGCGCGACUGACAGAACCAGGCCCAGCUAACCCCGUGUCCGAGUGGGAUUUUUGGACCAUUUGUGGAUUUAUUACGGAUACAAAUCGCCAAUAAAGAUACGGGAUUAUUGCAUCGAGGGGCGAGAUAUAGAAGGAGAUCCAUUUCGGGUCUGUGUUGAUUCAACGCAGCCGCCAUUUUGUUGACACGCUUUGCAGAAAAAUGUGCCCACCACGUUGAUGCACGCAUUCAAGACACGGCCAGAUAAUGUGAACACCGUUUUCUAUCAGUUAUAAAGUUGAAGGACGGAGACGAAGGGCUGAGAGAAGUCACCUCAGAUUUACCCCCUCCUCCUCUUCCCCUCCCAGCCCUCUAAACUCCACAACAAACUCUCACCCUAUCCUCUCCCUGGGACUCCGCAGCAACCUUUCAAUGGAUCAAAAAAUGCAAGGGGCAAGCGCUUCUCCAGCCGGGGAGCGAGAGAAGGAAGGAGGAGGUGGUAAGAAGGAAGAAGACGAGGAGAAAAACAAAGAUGGCGGAGGUGCGACUGGAGCAGGUGGGACAGGAGACGACCCAUCUUUCUCUGUUAAAGAAAGUGGUUUGUCCGACGGAAAUCUCAAACUGAAAAUUGGCCUCCAAGCCAAACGCAUGAAGAAGCCCCCUAAAAGCCUGGAAAAUUACGUUUGCCGCCCAGCUUUCAGGGCAACAGUCCGUCACACACCGCGUAGUGGAGGUAACUCAAAAUCCAAAAGUGCGGCAUCGUCUACAGGAGAUGGAGCGAGCCAAACUAAGACUCCUGCAGCUCAAUCCAAGGACAAAGAGAAGAGAGAGAAGAGCCCUUCAGUCAACAACAAUAAAACAUCUUCAGUUAAUAAAUUGACCUCCUCUUCGACCCCAGCAGCAGCUAAAGCACCUACGCCUCCACCCUCCGCACCUUCACCUGCUACAACCAACACUCCUGCACCUACCCAAGUAAACGGAAACGCUCCAACUAAAAAGGGGACACCAAAGACGGAUGGCAAGUCUGAUUCAAAGUCGGACUCAAAGUCAGCCAACACCACAUCAGAGCGGCCCCUGAAUCUCCACCGGCCUCCUCCGGACAGCAAAACGCAUUCAACUGGAAAGAAAACCUCCACUUCACAAUCAAAUGCACGGACAUCUUCACCUUCUCCACCCGUUAAUUCAUCUAAAGAACCUAGCUUUGAUAGUGUAAAGCCCCCUCAGUAUACAUACAGUGCAGCCCCGAAAGCCAGUGAGGACAAAAAUGGACAAAACUGGGGAGCACCUACAGUGACUGAAAAGUUAGCUCAACUUAUAGCAACACGCCCACCCACUAAGACCCCCAAACCUGCCAAAUCUGCAAAAACAGACCCUUCUCCUCCUGCUCCUCCGGUCCCCAGUUCAGGCUUCAUGGCGCCUACUGCAAAACAGCGAGAUCGGGCAUUGGCCAACAGAAACACAUACUCACGAAUGGUUCACCUUUCACCGCCGCCUCCUGUGUCUCGGCCCCCUGGUAGGCCGUAUGGGUCAAAAAGCAAAGAUAACAUGGACAGUUCAUGUCCUGUUCCAGCUCAGAGGAAAGAGGAGAGCGAUGGAUCUGUGAAAACAAGUAGUAAUAACAACAACAGUAGCAACAGCAGCAGCCGCAGCAACAGUCCAGCUCUGAGCUUCAGUAACAACCGACUCUCAGCCAUUUCAAAGGAGAGCAAGAGUGACAGUGGGAGCGCUAAGUCACGUUCAGCACACUCCUCUCCACAUAGGACCCCUUCACUGUCCAGUACCAUUUCACCCAACAUCCCCACCACAGAGCAGAGGGCUGUGAGUCACCUCAGCCCAGCCUCAUCCCAAGGUCAACACGGCCGGGACAGUCCGUCUGUGACCGAGGAAACAAGUGCAAAAGAACAUGAAAAAGACUGCCCCAGAGACCUCACCAAAUGCCCACUUUCAACAGCCUCAGGAAAGCCAGAUGGAAAAGAGAAAGGAGCCACUCAUCAGUCACUGCAGGCUGAACGAGGGAAGAGCUCUAGUCCCAGUAAACGUAGUCCUAAUCGGGACAGUGGGAGACCAGGCCGAAACAGUAGCCCCCCUGAGCCUGUGAGACAGAGGGCACCUUCUCCAGAGCCAGACGACGAUGGACCCCCCACACCCCUCAGAGAUGACUCUGCAGACUCCUCCAUAGACUCCCCCUCAGAGCAGGACAGCAAACCCCUGAAGAAACGCAGGGGCAGAAAACCACGCAACAAAACUGACAGUGAGAGCAGCCACCGGAGCUCAUUAGACCAGGACAAAAGUAGCCGUCACUCAUCUCCAAGUGCAGAGUCUCCGCUACCUGUUAAACGGCCGGUGGGCCGGCCUCCCAACCCGAAUAAGGUCAGGUCCACUUCUUUGUCUCACAGUGACAUGUCAGGCCUAUACACUCAGCAGCCCAGAAAACGUGGUAGACCAAAGUCUAAAAUGCCAACACUAGACGCCCCCUCUCGAGGGAGACCCCCAAAUAAGUUUACCCCCUCUAAAGUUUUCCCAUCUUUCAUGAAGUCCAAGGAGGAACAGGAUCCCCCUGUUCUUCACCCAGAGGUGGAUCUGAAUCCCCCUCAGCCUAUGCCUAGAAAACGAGGGCGACCCAAGCGCCUCCCCCCCACUCUACCACAAGAGGGCCAGCCCCCCACGCUGGCCCCAGAAGCAGGAGAGAGGUUUCAGAACAGAGGGAAUGGACAGCUCAUCAUGAAAACCAUCAUAGGCAAAAUCAAUAAAAUGAAGAGUGUCAAAAGGAAGCGCUUGCUCAGUCAAAUCCUUCUCGGUCCCAGGACAGAGGAGCCCCCCAAAGCCGCCCCUGUGGUCAACACUGUGGAAGACCUUGCUGCUUCUUUUGGUGGGAAACUUGGCCCACAGAUCAAUGUGAGCAAAAAGGGCACAAUAUACAUGGGCAAGAGAAGAGGCCGGAAACCUAAAGCAACUCCUAAUUCCAACAGUCCCACUUCUGAGCCUUUCCUGUCCCCGAGCACCAGUCUGUAUCAUCACCAUCAGUCCCAGUCGCACCAUCACUCCUCAGAGGUUUUCCCCUCCCCCUCUCUCUCCCAGUCCAGCGGUGGCCACAGCCCUCACAGCGAUGCCAGCUUUGUGGAGCCUGGUUCAGUGCACUUUGGCAGCCAUUCCCACUACUCUAGCUCCCACCAUGGACACAACUCCUUCUCCUUCCCUCCACCAACUUUCUCUGCCCCAAAUCCACGUAACCCAGGCCUGCUGUCAUCAUCACUGGCCUCGACUUCACAGAAAAAGUCCUCCUGUCGUGGAUAUCACCAUCACCACCAUCAUUACAGGCAGCAUUACCAUUACCACAAGCUCUCCCCUCCCAGGCCCCUUCAUCCCACUUCGCCUGCUCCCCUUAACGAGCUAAAAGAGGCCACGCCGUCACCCGUCAGCGAAUCCCACAGCGAGGAGACGGUGCCCAGUGACAGCGGAAUAGGAACAGACAACAACAGCACUUCUGAUCGGGGAGAGAAAACUGGAAGCAGUUUGGGUGGGCUUGGCCUAGCACCUGGUCUUGGAGGUGGGCUGCUGAUGCCAGGGGUGAUGGGUUCAGCUAUGGGUCCAGGAGUGGGACUCAACUCCAGGGGCAGGCGGAGACAUUCUGCUGUACAUAUGGAGCACCCCUCGCCCUCACCAUCCCCCCAUGGAGCAAGAACCUCGCCCGAUGCCAGAAGACCUCACCCAGCAGCUCCCGCCUCCUCAUUACUGGGGCACAAGGAAAAGCACAAGCACAAAUGUAAGCGCCGUAGUCAUCACGGGUGUCCUGGCUACGACAAACUCCGAAAGCAGAAACGGAAACGCAAGAAGAAGUACCUACAGCUACGCUCCCGACGGCAUGAUCCAGACUUUUUGGCAGAUUUGGAAGAAAUUGUAAUUAGACUAAGUGAGAUACGGAUAGCACAUCGCACCACAGGGUUCAGAUUUGGCUCUGGAUUAGGCCUAGCAGGGCCAAGUCGACUCCCUGGGCUUGGUAGUAGGACCGGUUUAGGAGCGGCUGGCCCACCCCCUCAUCACUACAUUCAUAGAGAUCUUCUACCUACAAUCUUCAGGGUUAAUUUUGGCAGUUAUUACUCCCAUCCGGCGUAUUCCUGCGACCCACUGCACUAUAUUCGUAAACCAGAUAUGAAGAAGAAGCGGGGCAGACCUCCCAAACUCCGAGACUCAAUGUCGGAAGUCCCGUAUGUUCCCGGACUUGGAUUUCCUCUCUCAAGUGGAGGAUUCUAUCACCCUUCCUACGGCAUGCCCUACUCCUCCAGCCCUCUCAGUCUUGGCUACUACAGAGGCUUCCCUCCCGCUAGUCUCUUCUCCCAUCCGCAUCACCAGUCGCCCCAUUCGUCAACGUCCCACCACCACACGCCCACCUUCCCCCCUUCCCCCUCCUCCUACAUGCACCACCCCUCGCAUCUCCUGCUCAACCCGUCGAAAUUUCACAAGAAAAAACACAAGUUGCUAAGGCAGGAAUACUUGGGGAGUGGGAGGUCACCUGUUCUGUUCCCUCCCAUGUCUUCUGAGCUUUCGUUCAACUGGCACCAUAAACAUAAGCAUAGACAUAAACAUAGAGAACGCUGCGCUGAGGAAGACAGAGAGGAAGGAGCUCGAGGGGGAUCUGUGGGUAGGUCUAGUGCGGACAGUGCGUCAUCAGCGAAGGGGAGUAGCAGUUUAGGAAUGGCGGAGUCUUUACAACGGUGCCGCUUUGGUCGUGAUGCACCUAACGGUAACACUAGCAAGCAGGGUACCUCUGGCAACUCCCCAUCUUCAUCCUCUUCAUCAUCUGCGGAUCGGUACAAGCGAAAGGAGGGGUCUAUGUCGUGUUUGGGCCCAUCUAGACUAACUUUGGGAAGCAGUUCCAAGGGACACCACUCCGGAGAGUCCUGGUUCAGAAUGGGUAACAGCUGUGAGGCGGACUACGCAAAGUUAUCAAGAGGUCACUCUGCGUCAAACCAAAAUCCGUUCUCGGAUGCAGGGGCCGAAGAGCAGGUAGGGUGCUCGGACAGUGAAGAUGAUGAGCCGCUGUCACCUUCGGAGGAGCCUGAAAAUGACUCCCCGAACUUGACAAACCUGUUCACCUCGGCCCUAUCCCGCAAUAAUAUGAAGAGCAGUAAGGGCAGGAAGACAGAAGGAGAGAGCACCUUUUCACGCCUGGACCGGGCCAUAAGGAAAGACCGCUCCACUUCAGCAGAGAGGAGAGAGCUAGGGGCAUCAUCACUUCAGGGAAGGGGAGUCCUACCUGAUGAUCCUGAAGGGGCUUUCUCUAGACUUCACCAAACCUCCCUGUUUCACUCGCACGGAUCUGCAUCGUCCCCAGACCUGACCUCCGCCCUGCCCCACCUCCUGUCCCACCGUGACAAGUCCGCUAAGCGCAGCCUGCAUCAUGUCAACAAAAUCCUCCGUGCCAAGAAACUCCAACGGCAGGCGCGGACGGGGAACAACGUGGUCAAGAAGAGGGGCCCUGGACGCCCCAGAAAACACCCGCUUCCCUCCCCUCCACCCUCUCCAUCUCCGCCUCUUGAUCUACUGGAGCUAAAUCAAAACAGACAGAGGGACAGAGUACCAGAGAGGGCAUCAGGAGGAGGCCGAGGAUGGGAAGGGGACUCGGUCAAAAAUGCCAUUGAAUGUGUGGUUCAGGGUCAGCGCAGGAAAAGCCAAAAGAGGAAACACUGGGAUGGAGAGGAGGAUGAAGAGGAGGAAGAAGAGGAGGGAGAGGUGGUGGAGAGUGAGGACCGAAUGGAGAGAGACAAGAGUGUAGCAUCCAAAUCUGGAACGGUGAAAAACUGGUCCACCUCAGAAGAGGUCCAAGAACAUCCAAGCCCAGUGGAAGACAAGCCAGAUGGCCAAGGCUCCCCCGAACGCCCAGGAACUGUCCCAAGAGACCAGACUCCUUCCAUCCCGGUCCCAAGCCAACGCGAGAAGAGACCCGCUAGGCCCCCAAAGAAGAAGUUUCAGAAGGCAGGGCUCUACUCCGAUGUCUACAAAACAGAGGACCCUAAAAGUCAGCUCCUACAACUGAAGAAGGAGAAGUUGGAGUACAUACCUGGUGAACACGAGUAUGGCCUGUUCCCUGCCCCUAUACACGUCGGGAAGUAUUUGAGACAGAAGCGCAUUGAUUUCCAGUUGCCUUAUGACAUCUUAUGGCUGUGGAAACACGAUCAGCUUCACAAGAGGCCCGAUGUCCCUCUUUACAAAAAGCUCAGAUCAAAUGUUUAUGUGGACGUGAAGCCUCUUUCUGGUUAUGAAACAACAACAUGUAACUGCAGAGCCCCCGAGGAGGCGAAGGAAAAGGGUUGCCUAGACGACUGCCUAAACAGGAUGAGUUUUGCUGAGUGCUCCCCCAGCACCUGUCCCUGUGGUGACCAGUGUGAUAACCAGCACAUCCAGAGGCAUGAGUGGGUCCAGUGUUUGGAGCGCUUCAGGGCGGAGGGAAAAGGCUGGGGCAUCCGUACCAAAGAGUCCCUUCGCUCGGGGCAGUUCAUCAUCGAGUACCUGGGGGAGGUGGUCAGCGAACACGAAUUCAGGAGCCGUAUGAUGGAGCAGUACUUCUCGCACAGCGGUCACUACUGUCUGAACCUGGACAGUGGGAUGGUCAUCGACAGCUACCGAAUGGGCAACGAGGCGCGCUUCAUCAACCACAGCUGUGAACCCAACUGUGAGAUGCAGAAAUGGUCUGUGAAUGGUGUGUACCGGAUUGGUCUCUUCGCCCUCAAAGACAUCAGCAGUGGUACAGAGCUCACUUACGACUACAACUUCCAUUCAUUCAACACAGAGGAACAGCAAGUAUGUAAGUGUGGUUCUGAAAGCUGCCGGGGCAUCAUUGGAGGAAAGAGCCAGAGAAUCAAUGGACUCCCAGGAAAAACAAGUGGAGCGAGACGGCUGGGACGACUAAAGGAGAAACGGAAAUCCAAACAUCAGCUCAAAAAAAGGGAAGAAGAGUCCAGUGACAGCAGCAAAUGUUACCCUCACCUCAUGAAGCCCAUGUCCAACAGAGAGAGAAACUUUGUGCUGAAGCAUCGAGUUUUCCUCCUGAGAAACUGGGAGAAGAUGAGAGAGAAGCAAGAGCUGUUGAAGCGCGAGGGCGAGCGGGAGCGGGACCCCAGCAGCCUGUCCAUGUACGCACGCUGGGGCAGUGUCAUUCGUGACGACGGCAACAUCAAGUCAGACGUGUUCCUGACCCAGUUUUCAGCGCUGCAGACGUCUCGGUCGGUUCGGACACGAAGACUUGCGGCGGCUGAGGAGAACACAGAGGUCACACGCACCGCCCGUCUCGCUCACAUCUUUAAGGAGAUCUGUGACAUGAUCACCAGCUACAAGGAUUCUUCUGGCCAGACACUCGCCGCUCCACUGGUGAACCUCCCGUCUCGAAAAAGGAACAGUCAGUACUAUGAAAAGGUGUCUGACCCUUUGGACCUGAGCACCAUUGAGAAGCAGAUCCUCACGGGGCAUUACAAAACAGUGGAGGCCUUUGACGCGGACAUGCUUAAAGUGUUCCGCAAUGCCGAGAAAUACUACGGCAGGAAGUCGUCAGUUGCGCGUGACGUGUACCGACUGCGUAAAGCAUAUUUCAGCGCUCGAAAUGAGGCAGCAGUUCAGAUCGAUGAGAUCGUAGGCGAGACGGUGAGCGAGGCGGACAGCUCUGACUCUCUGGAGCGAGAACACAACCCCGAGGCCCACGAGAAAGACGAUGACGUGAUCCGCUGCAUCUGUGGCAUGUACAAGGAUGAGGGCCUGAUGAUCCAGUGUGAAAAGUGCAUGGUCUGGCAGCAUUUCGACUGCAUGCGUCUGGAGACUGAGGUUGAACACUACUUGUGUGAGCAGUGUGACCCUCGGCCUGUGGACAAUGAGGUUCCCAUGAUUCCACAGCCCAGUUACGCUCAGGCCGGCUCAAUCUACUACAUCUGCCUCCUCAGGGACGAGCUGCUGCUACACCAAGGGGACUGUGUGUACCUGAUGCGGGACAGCAGGAGGAGUCCUGAAGGCCAGCCUGUCCGACAGUCGUAUCGGCAGCUCACCCACGUCAACCGGGACAAACUUGACAUCUUCAGGAUCGAGAAGCUCUGGAAGAACGAAAAGGGGGAGCGCUUUGCCUUUGGUCAUCAUUACUUCCGUCCACAUGAGACGCACCAUUCUCCAUCACGGCGCUUUUAUCAGAACGAGUUGUUCCGGAUGCCUCUGUAUGAGAUCAUCCCCCUGGAGGCUGUGGUAGGACCCUGCUGUGUCCUGGACCUCUACACCUACUGCAAAGGACGACCCAAAGGAGUGAAGGAGCAGGACGUGUACAUCUGUGAUUACCGCUUGGACAAAUCUGCUCAUCUGUUUUACAAGAUUCACAGCAACCGUUACCCAGUUUGCACCAAGCCAUACGCCUUCAACCACUUCCCCAAGCGACUCACGCCCAAGAGAGACUUCUCGCCACACUAUGUUCCCGACAACUACAAGAGGAACGGGGGCAGAUCCGCCUGGAAGAGUGAGCGUCCAAAAGGCGAGGGAUGUGAGGACGACGCUUCCUCUUCGUGCGAGCGGGAAUUCCUGAACGAGGACAGCAGAGGCGCGGAGGACCUGGAUAUAGACACGCCCCCUCCGGACCACGCCCCUCCGCUCCUGUCUGCCAGCAAACCGCGGAAACAGAAGAAGAGCGACCACACUGGCGAGGAGGAAGUGGAAGGGGCGGACCUUGAGAAGAGGCGGGACACGGAGGAGAGUUUGGCGGGACGUUUGGGCGAAAUGUUGGAACUGCCGUUGUCGUCCACGUCCUCGCCGUUGCCCCAUCCCGCUCUGGGACGCCGGGAGGCACAGAGGGAGAGACUCAAUAAGAUUUUGCUAGAUCUGCUUCACAGGACACCAAACAAAAGCGGCGAGGGGGCCAGGCAAGGUCGACCCGCUGACGAAUGAGGGUCUAUGAAUCAUUGUUACGUCAAAAGGCAGGGAAAGAUGUUUUGAUUGUUUCUUUUUUUAAGUCUUUUGUUUUCUGAUCUCUCCAUGCUUUGUUUGAACUGUGUCAUUUACAGUCCUGCUGCUAAGGCUUCUAAUAAGUAUACAUACAUAGACAGCUGUAUUUUAUUCUUUAGGCAUUUUUACUAGAAACAAUAUUACCCAAACUUUUACUGAACCUAUGCAGUACAUUUUAACACUUAACUCUUUCACCUUUUAGCACAACCUAAAACACAUAUAUGUAUGGCUAGCGCAGCUGCUAAGUUUAUUGAUAAAAAUGGCAAGAUGGGAGAAGAUUGUCUAGUUAUUAAUGGUAGAUUUGUAAAGAGGUCUUACGGUUGCCCGCUUUUGAGUUUACCAUGGGCACUUGGACUAGGGGGGCUUGGGGGCAGAAGAUAAUUUGCUACCUACCUACACUUUUUGAGCAAAGGGCAGCAAAUGUAGUGGAGAGACUUGUUAGCUGACUAACCAUUAGCAACCACAAUGUGUCACUGGGGACCUCUUCUGAGCUUACCUCUUACGCCGCCAUCUUGACUCUAAAAGGGUGUGGAAAUGCUGACUUCAUGGCAAUUGCUGACAAAGCUGACCAAGACUUAUUGCUUAUUUAUGAUGCAAAACUGUAUAACGACCAUAGGAAACAUAACCCAUGCACUUACAUCCUGUUUUGGACAUCACAAACUUGGGUUGGAUAGAAAUUAUUACCGAGUAAAAGAAUGGGGUGGGGGAGGUUGUCUCUGUUAAUGAGAAGGCUAGAGAAUAACUCCCCCUUGUGGGAUUUUGCUGCAAUGACCACAUGUGAUAAAGGGUGGGGGCCAGGAGGACAGGCAUAGGACAAAUGCAAGUGGAGGCGUUAAGGCGCUGCUCACACGUGGAAUUAACAGGAAGUUGGAGAACUGCACUUUUGGUACAGAGGAAGUUGAGGAGCUCUGUGUAAUGUAUCUAUAAUGGAACACACUAACUCUCAGUAUUGGAUGAUGCAGUCUGAAAACAAGUUAAAGUCUAUUAUCUUUUUCUCUUUUACUGUAACUCAUUGGGGAUCUGAAACUGGGGUGGGUUUGUUUAGUAAAGAAGGGAGGGACCUUUUGAAGCUUUUUGCGCUUUUUGUCAAAGUGUCUUGUUUAGGUUUAAUUUUGUAAAACCUUUAAGGCCGUGAGUCCGCCUCUGCUUCAGUAACACUUUCACCAGCUCAAAUAAAGCAGGGGACCUCGACUACGCCUUAGCGCCCAGCCCACUGCCUUCUGUGAGUGCGCACACUGACUGUGCUUCUUUAUUCAAACUAUACCUUUUUAAAAAAAGAAAAAAAUUAAGGGCUCGAUGGCAAUUAACAGUUUUAAGAAAAUUAUGAGAACAAUAGUUAACAUGAAAUGUAUCGUGAUGGUCAUAUUUUCUUAUACUCUGAUAGGGAGGGGAUAUACUGUAUAUUGGGAGGGGGGGUGGAUUUUCCUUCUUUGUCUUUGAACUAUGUCCUGGUUGCCAUGGAGAAUGUUUUAAAUUGUGAUAUUUGAUGAGAUUUCAUCGUUCCCCAAAAUGCCUCUUCUAAAAGGGACGUCCUGAGAGUCCCAUUAAACUGACAGAAGGAGACAGACCGAAACAGGAAGCUGUACAGUGCCAAUGUUUGUAAAUAACACUUUACAUUGUGUCUCCAAAAGCAAUAUCUCCAAAUGGAUUUGUUUAUUAUUGUACUGUACAGGCCCUAAAUGUAUUAUGACUAUUAUAAUAAUGAUAAUAUUAUUUCUUCCGUUUGUAUUACUCUCAUGAAGACACUUAAGCUCGGAGGAAAUUACUUUUUUAAUGUCCUUAAAUCUCUUACUGUCGUUAAGACACAAACUGAAGCUUUUGUUGCCUAUAAAUGAAAUUUCUCUAUGUAGUGCAUGAUCGAAUGUCUGGCAGAAGGCAUUGGACAGUGGCUCCACAAAGACACCUUUGUCACUGAAUAUUGUUAAUAAUAUAACUUUAAGGAGAAAUUUACUCCUUGUUUUUGCUGCAAAGUGUUGAACACUAAAAAAACAAACAACAUAAAAAUGUUAUAAUAUUUUUGAACGCUGACAGAAACAAAAGUGAAGCUGUCAGCCUGAUAUCAUGUUUAUUUGUUUUUCUUUCAAAUAGGAAACGGUUUUGUGAUAGCAGUCAUUGUAUAAUGCUUGUACUUGUAUUUGUGCGUUUUGUGUGAUUUGUUUAGUUAUUUUUAGACAAUCACAAAAUAAGAUGCAAGCAUUGUAAAUGGCAGACUGGCAGAUUUUGUGAUGUGUACAGUUUGUCAGAAUCUUCUUCCACUCGUUUGUAAUUAUGAUUCUUAAGUCAUGCAAAUGCUGUUGGUUUUUACUUUUUGUUUUAUAUUUGUUUUUGUUUGUUUGUUUUUUAAUAAAAGCACUACAUAAUUGUGA